AGGGUGUCCUUUGCAGGGGGAGAAAAGCGUGUGACAAGACAGCGAGAAGGAGCCAUCAAUGGUGGUAGGAAGGGGGGCCAAGGUGAAGAGAGAGAAAAAGAGUGCACAUCGGGUGGAUUGAGGCUUGGGAUGUGCCAGGGCUUUUCCUAGCCCUAACACUUUGUCCAGCAAUUUGUCCUCAGCUUAAUUCUUAAGAGUGGUAUCGGACGUUGCCUCGCUGUCACCUGCUGCACCCUCUCUCCUCCCACCGUCCUGUUCCUCCUCACCACAGCACGCUCAAGACGACCACUGCAGAUUACCCCAACAGGAACCACGAGCAUGGGCAUUCUCAAGUGGUCGUUGCGUUGCAUUCCUGGCUUGUCGGUCUUUGGCCUGCUGAUCCUGCUCGAGUCGGCCUUGAAGAUUGUCGAGACAGAGUGGCUGAGCUUUUUCUACCCUCCAUUUCUCAAACAUAUUGCGAGUCCUGUCGUGGCUCAGACUAUUUUCAUCUCCUACUCGGUCUUUCUGCAUGUCCUCGCCCUCCUGUUCCCUCUGAGACUCUGCGUCUCCGCAUACUCUGCAACUCGGGAAAUCCACGCCACUCAUCGACGGUCGAAGCUCACCCGUGGCGACACUGUUCAAUGCGACGGUUUUCGAGACGAGCCCCAUGGAUUUGGAACACAGCAAGAUACAGCGAAGCGAUCAGGGGCUGUGACCAUGGCAGUGGUCUUGCCCAGCUACAAGGAGGAUAUUGAGAUACUCGAGACCUCUCUGAGGGUUCUCGCCAGCCACACCCUGGCCAGAUCAUCAUAUGAUGUCUUCUUGGCCAUGGAGGAGCGAGAUCCGAACGGGGUCAACGUGGCUCAGAACUUGAUCCAGCUAUUCGCCGGAAAGUUUCGAGAGAUGCAGUACACUGUCCACCCUGCUGGCCUGCCUGGAGAAGCCCCCGGAAAGAGUAGCAAUGUGAGUUGGGCAGCAAGGCAGAUAGAGCAAAAAUACCUCAACGACCUGAACUGGUCAAGUGUGCUCGUAACGGUAAUGGACAGUGACACUCAUCUCCUCAGCCAGUAUUUUGAGACCGUUCUCAUCCACCACCUCCGCAACCGCAAAGAUCAAGGAUUGACCGAUAUGACCCUGUAUAUGCCGCCCAUUGUUUUUGAUCGCAAUGCCCAUUUGGUGCCUCAGAUGGUGCGCAUCGCCGACCUGAUGUGGUGCGGAGCCGGGCUCUCUUGUUUCACCAGCAAACCCACCAGAUCCACAAUCGCAAUCCCUACCGCAGUUUAUACUCUCCCACUUCCUCUUGUUUGCCUGGCAGGUGGUUGGGACACUGGGUCGGAAGCCAUCGGCGAGGACAUGCACAUGAUGUUGAAGUGCUAUUUUGCCACAAACGGCCGCAUGCAGAUAAGAUCAAUCCCGAGCCCGGCAAGUCAGUGCAAUGUCACGACUGGAAAAGCUGGCAUCCGCGGCUGGCUGGCAAACCAUUCUGCCCGGUACGCGCAAGGUCUCCGACAUAUGUGGGGAUGUCUCGACACUGGAUAUGCUGUUCGCCAAUGGUGCAAGAUUGGCCCGGAAUCUCUUUCUCAGAGUCCCGCUACUCCAUCAAGCGAAGGGAGCUCUUUGGAUGCUGACCGACCAAAUCGACCUCGCCAUGUUGAGAUCUGCCUGAAACUCAGCCAACAUGCACUUCACGGACCCAAUCUUCGAAGAUUUACCUUGCGAAAUCUGAUCUUAUUCAGCCGACUUUUCGAAGCACACUUCCUACCGAUCCAUCUGUUCCUCGUGCUGCUUGCAUCGGCCAUCUACACUGCGCUCCCAUAUCCGAUUACCUCUUGUCGACUUUUGACAGCUGCAAUGGAUUUCACCUCGGUUCUGAGGGGCAUGAGUUUUGCGUUGAUGACGAUAUACUUCGUUAUUUUCUACGAAGGAUACCAUCGGGCUUGCAUUGAAGCCAGGGAGAGGGAGAUGAAGAGAGUCGGCCUGUAUGAGGAGAUGGCCGAUGAGUUUUCUUACCGCAAAAGAUUCUCGCUCAUCACCAUGGCUGACUACGUGCUAUUCCCGAUUGCGGGCACAGCGUUUGGAAGCGUACCUCUCCUCCAGGCGAUAGUGUCGCAUUUUUGGACAGAGAAGCUUGUUUAUCUGGUCAGCGCAAAGCCUGUCAAGACGACUACCAAGAACCUCGUCAGCGUCACGGUCUCUGAGCAAGCGACAGAGGUCAUAGAUGUCUGAAUAUAUGCUCGGGGUGGAAUGUGUCCAUUCGUUGAACAUAGCACAGCACGAGACAUGGAGGUCUCUCGGCGUUGUGGGAGAAAUAGAUUUGACAGAGUACUGGGAUGCCAGAUAGCUACAAAGCUCCCUAGAUAGAUAAUGUUAAUAUCAAUACUC